AUGUUUGUCGAAAGUACAAUUUAUAAUGUAGAAGCAGAAAUGGAAGAUUAAACAGUUAUAAUUAAAUAAAAAAUUUAAGUAUACUUAAUAAAUUAUUGAGAAUGAAAUCGAGGAAGCCUCAAAAGUUUAUGAAAUAACAAAAAUUGAAUCUGAUUUAAGAACUACACUGAAGUAACAAGAAUACUUAUGCAGAUUAAGCGAAAACAUAGAAAUAUCUAUGUAAUCAUUGAUUCAUAAUUUUUACUAGAUUAUUUAAUUAUGAUUACCCAAAAAGCAAUCCAAAGUAUUUUACUUAGCAAAAAUUUGAAAAGAGUCAUUUAAUUGAUGAAGACACUUGGCAGAUUAAAAUAUAAACUGAAAAUACUAUUUUGAGCACACUUAAUUCAAUUAUAAUUAAAUUCUCUCAGAAUCCACUGUGUCCUGACUAAUACAUUUAGCAAUAAAUAUAUGAAUCAAUUCAACAGUUUCCUACUCCUAUGCUAUAAAUUUUGAGUAGUUAUGAAAUGAGUUAGUUUAAUAAAAUAUUGAACGAAUAGCAUAUGUAUUAAAAUCCGUUAUAAGCUCUUUUUGAAAUAAUGGAAGAAAAGGCUAUGAAAAAUUUAACUUUAUAUAGUAAUUUUUAUACAAAACUUAACUAGAAAAAGUUUAAUAAAUCUAGAGUGAAAUUUAAGAACUCAAGAAGGAUUUGAAACUUGUUUAUAAUAAAUUUCAGCAAGUCCAAUAGAAUGCAACAAUAUUAAAUGCCUAUUGUAAUUCUUUUCUGAAUGUAUAAUGAAAAUUAUUGAUUUUUAGAAUUUUUCUUAUUGGGAAUUUAGAAGAAUAUUAUAAGAUAAAUUAAGCAAUUUGGAGAUAAUCAAGGAGUAAUUUUAGGAGUUACCUAUGAAGGAUACAUUAGAUGAAAAAGAGAAACAUUAUAACCAAUUUUUAAAUAAUAGAAUAGAAUAUCAUAAAUGUAAUUCUACUCUAAUAAUUUUGAAAUAAAAUAUUAAUGAAUAAUCAAAAAUAAUUUGA